AUAACGAAGUCAGCCGGCAGUCGACAGCCGUCACGCUCGCUCGCAAUACACUCGACAAAAUAAAAUAAUAAACACUCGAAAUGGAGAAAACUAAAAAAUAUUUAAAAAAGGAGUUCCAACCACAAAUGUUUAAUAUGACUCAUGAGGACCUAAGUGACUUUUACCUUAGCGCGUUUCAGAAAGAUGUGGCUAUUUGGCCACUAUUUCUGUUUAGACUAGUGUUAUUUUGUGGUGCUUUGGCUACAGUGAUAGCUUCAAUGAUCAUCAUGUCCCAGGACAUGGAAAUCAAACAUUGGUUUAUUUUCAUGACACAUUGGGGACUCCUUUUUAAUGCAUUGGCCACUGGACUGGCGUGCGCUGUGUCUGGUGUAAAACUUUUCACUGGAUUGGACUCAAGCAUAAGUACACUUGUGAAGGUGUACUGGGUGUCCUUCAACUCCACCAUCACCAUAGCAUUCUUCAUCACGGCGUUCUACUGGACACUGCUCAGCGAUGAUGAUUUACUAGCAGAUUACGCAUUCGAUCCCGUUCUGGACAUAUUCGUACACGGCAUCAACUCAGUGGUGAUGUUCUGUCUGCUCGUGACCUCCCGACAACCCACCAGGAUCCUCCACUUCUACGUACCACUAGCCCUCGGCAUUGUGUACAUGGUGUUCAGUCUUCUAUACUACUUCCUUGGUGGAUUAAGUCCCUUUGGCACAGUGUGGAUCUACCCAAUGCUGGACUGGUCGGACCCUGGCUCCACAAUAGUUCUGGUGAUAAUCUCAGCGCUACUGAUGAUCGUGCUCCACUUCGUCGUGGUCUCCAUGACCCUCAUCAGGGAUGCCGUUACCAAGUCAUGCAAACAGUCCACAGUUCUUCCCAUUUGUGAAGAAGACAAUGGAAUAUCCAGAAACCUUUACUCGUAGAAUAAUAGACCGACAACAGACUGAACGUGGACCACACUUCGCUAUAGUGAAGUCUAGCGAUGUUGUGACCCACUCCCUCUCUUACUUAUAAAAUAGCUUUAACAUUUUACGUUUAAUGAUAAUUUACUUUAAGUACAUUAUCGAAAUAAAUUAUUUAUGU